CAAACAGGUUGGAGGUGAGCACAGGCAUCGCACAGGUACAACCACUGGAAGCAAUUUGCGCACUUUUACGCACGGGGAUUUCACUUAAACACCGAGAAGGAAAAGAACAUGAAGCUUGGGGUUUUGUACGGGAACCACCACAACAUGAACUUUGACGACACCACCACCAGGCCGGCAGGACCGAGAGAGUGUGAAGAGUUAUGCUCGGAUGGAGACUGCGCGGCGCACAGCCCUCACGCCGGCAAAUCCAAGCCGUACACACGCAGACCCAAACCACCGUUCUCCUACAUCGCCCUCAUCGCCAUGGCCAUCCGGGACUCGCCACACGGACGCCUCACCUUGGCCGAAAUCAACGAGUAUCUCAUGAAUAAGUUCCCCUUCUUCCGCGGGAGCUACACGGGCUGGAGGAACUCUGUGCGCCACAACCUGUCGCUCAACGACUGCUUCCACAAGGUGCUCCGGGACCCGUCCCGACCGUGGGGGAAGGACAACUUCUGGAUGCUCAACCCGCACAGCGAGUACGCGUUCGCCGACGGCGUGUUCAGGCGGAGGCGAAAGCGCAUCAGCAUCCAUCUCAGCAAACACAAGGCGGUGGAGGAGCAGAGGAGCUCCGAGGACGCGUCGCCGAGCACCCCCGAAAAGUUCACAAGUUCCUUCACGAUAGACAGCAUCCUCAGCAAACCGUUCAGACGAGUCUCGAACCACGUCGAAGGCUACGCCGUCGUCAUGACGCCGCCUUUCAAUCCACCUGCAUCGCCGCUUUACCUUCACCAGAGUGGUCAUAUGGACCUUGGAUUUGCGCAUGCGCCAAGCUGCGGGCAUCGCUUUCAGACUUUGUGACUUUGCAGUGUUUCCCAAAGUUGACUAAGCACAGGGGGGAAAAAAGUAUCAACUGAAUAAGGAAGAUGUCUUAUGUCCUCGCGUAUUUAUUUAUUUUAGUUUGUUUAGCAGAGCUCAAAUUAUGUUGUAUGACUGGCAACAGGUGAAUGCACAGGUUAACCUGUGCUCUCUGCCAUCUAGUGGAAAAGCACAAAAUUUGUUUUGCCUAUCAUGACGACGAGAGAAAGAAAUUUGUUGUAAUUGUUGUGAAAAUGCAAUUUGACCAAACAUUAGUUGAAUAUCUGACAGAUUCUAUUUAAUUUUUUGGGGGGUUUAUGUCCUAACCUGUUUAUGUUGUUGCUAGUUUAAUAUUUGGUCGAAGUUGAGCAUUUGUUACAAUUUAUAUCUUUGAAAUAAAAAUGAAAAAAAUC